AUGGCUCCCUGCAACAUCUCAAUAGACACAAAGACGAGCACAAAGGCCCAGAAUGUAGUAGACGACUCUGCGUCCAGUAUUGGCGGCGCUUCAAGCGUCUCCUCGGACGGUAGCACCCGCCGUCGCCGCCGCCGCAACCGCAACAAGCAAGUCGCCCAGCCGAAGGGAACACUCCCUGCUCCCACCGUAAUUCCGCGCCUCUCCGAGUCCAAGCCCGCACGGCUACAAAUCGGGCUGAACCUUGACGCCGAGCUCGAGCUGAAGGCGAGAUUGCAAGGUGACAUUUGCCUCACGUUGCUGGUGCAGAGAAAACACUUUACGGAGCGCGACUCGACCGAGCUGAAGCCAAAUUACCGCGGGAUCGUCGACGUGGAGGAGAUGUUCCACAUGAGGGUGGGCAAGCUGAGGUUCAGAAAGACGUGGUUGGAUCACGACGUCAGCCCGAGCUUGACGGCUGCCGUCAUGUUUUCGAUUGCGAUAGGAGGGUUCAUUGCGGGAUUCGCGGCGUCGAGGUGGCUUGACACCUGGAUGCUGGCGAUACCGCCGCCGUAUUUGUGUGUCGUGGACUGGAUCCGAAUAGCAUACUCCCAUUCUCCUUACUAUCGCGGCAACGUCAUCUAUGUCCACAGGCUCGAGAAAGACGACCGUCAAGUCCCACAGGCAAUGACGUUGAUCAUCCAGCGAGUCUUCCAAUCACACACUUGGAACGUCAUGGAAGUAUAUAUUUCCAAUGGACCCCCGGAUAUCCCCAAAAGGGCUGUCCUGAAGAUGUUUGAUCGACGUUUCUCCACGAGGGAGGGCCGUCAUGCAUUCAUAGGCGAGGGCAAAUGGUCGCCUGAAUUCGAACAGGAGUUCAUCAGCUAUAUCCGAAGGCGUAAGGCUGAUGAAUUCGCCAAAGAAUGGCUAUCGGGAGAUUUCAGCUCGGACACGAAACCGAACAAACUUCAACUGGAAGUUGUACGCCACCUGGAGCAUGUGAGGGCUUCUCAAAUCCAGGAGAAGUGCCACCGCAACCCGGCAUUCCUGGACUGCGCUACUUUCCCUGAGCUCUUCACGCCGGUGGUCAUUAAUUUUGAUGCUUACAAGCACCCAUUCCUCCGAGCUUAUGGUGUUCUAAUGCGCUACCAAGAGGGCUUCAGCGCCCAAACCACCAGCCCCCUCGAUCGAGAGUAUUAUGAACAAAUGGUUACAUUCAAGUCCAUGUUCGAAUCCGAAGUGGAAUAG